AUGUCCGACAAGUUGACUCGCACUGACAAGAAAUGCCGACAAGAGUGCAAGAAAUCUUGCCCUGUGGUUCGGAGUGGACGUCUUUGUAUCGAAGUCACUCCCGAGUCAAAGAUUGCCUUUAUCUCUGAGAAUCUGUGUAUCGGAUGUGGAAUCUGUCCUAAGAAAUGCCCGUUUGGUGCCAUCAACAUCAUCAAUCUGCCCACGAACCUCGAAUCCCAGAUCACUCAUCGAUACUCGGCGAACAGCUUCAAGCUCCAUCGAUUGCCUACCCCACGUCCGGGACAGGUUUUGGGCCUGGUCGGCUCCAACGGUAUAGGAAAGAGUACCGCGCUCAAGAUACUGAGUGGAAAGCUGAAGCCCAACUUGGGAAGAUAUGAUAGCCCUCCCGAUUGGCAAGAUGUGAUCAAGCACUUCCGAGGCUCUGAGCUCCAGAAUUAUUUCACCAAGAUUCUAGAAGACGAUCUUAAGGCUAUUGUCAAGCCUCAAUACGUUGACCGUAUCCCCAAAGCUGUUCGAGGUGCUGACAAGACUGUGUCGACAUUGAUCGAGACAAAUGCUUCUCUGGGAAACUUCCAAGAAGUGUUGGAUGUCCUCGAGCUGAACCAUAUUAUGGACCGUGAUAUCAACCUACUGUCUGGAGGAGAACUUCAAAGAUUUGCCAUCGGAACCGUUUGCGUCCAGCAAGCUGAUGUGUACAUGUUUGACGAGCCUUCUUCCUACCUUGACGUCAAGCAACGUUUGAGUGCCGCUAAGAUCAUUCGAUCCCUCCUUCGUCCUGACGACUAUGUCAUCUGUGUCGAGCACGAUCUUUCAGUCCUCGACUAUCUCUCUGAUUUCAUCUGUGUUCUCUACGGAAAGCCCGCAGUCUACGGUGUUGUCACUCUUCCCGCCUCGGUCCGUGAGGGAAUCAACAUCUUCCUUGACGGAAACAUCCCCACUGAGAAUCUGCGUUUCAGAGAGGAAUCUUUGACCUUUCGCAUCGCAGAAGCUGCCGACGAGUUCAUGGCAGAUAGAUCACGUGCAUUCAAUUAUCCCUCCAUGCAGAAGACCCUUGGCGGGUUCCACCUCAAUAUCCACAAGGGUGACUUUACCGACUCCGAGAUCAUUGUCAUGAUGGGUGAGAAUGGAACUGGCAAGACCACCUUCUGUAAGCUUCUUGCUGGUGCCAUCAUGCCAGACGGAAACCAGAAGGUACCAGGAAUGAAGGUCAGCAUGAAGCCUCAGAAGAUAACACCCAAGUUCGAGGGCACUGUUCGACAACUGUUCUUCAAGAAGAUCAAGACUGCUUUCCUCCUGCCUCAAUUCCAGACCGAUGUUGUCAAGCCUUUGAAACUUGACGAUUUCAUCGACCAGGAGGUCAAGACUCUAUCCGGUGGAGAGUUGCAACGUGUGGCUAUCGUCCUCGCUCUUGGACUGCCCGCAGACAUCUACCUCAUCGAUGAGCCCUCUGCCUACCUGGACUCUGAGCAACGUAUAAUCGCUGCCCGUGUCAUCAAACGCUUCAUCAUGCAUUCCAAGAAGACCGCCUUCGUCGUCGAGCAUGAUUUCAUCAUGGCCACCUACCUUGCCGACCGAGUCAUCGUUUUCGAUGGUCAGCCAGGAAUCAGUGCCAAUGCUCAUACCCCCGAGUCAUUGCUCACCGGCUGCAACAAGUUCUUGAAGAACCUUGAUGUUACCUUCCGUCGUGACCCAACUAAUUUUAGACCCCGUAUCAACAAGCUCAACUCUCAACUUGAUCAAGAGCAAAAGUUGACUGGCAACUAUCUGCUGCCAAAUCUAGUUAAAAUGGGCAUCCUUAAUGAAGAAACACCAACGAUUGAUGCAUUGCGAGGCGUUAAAGGAUCGGCAUCACACGGGCAGGAGCACAGCGGGAAAGGGGCUUUAGAAGAGAAAAAGGGUUCUUCUGAUGAGGAUGACCCGGACGGAUAA